CUCAUUUUCACUGCAAAUCUCGUCGAAGUCGGACGCACUACCGCGCACACAUCGGCUCCGCGCACGAGUUUUGAGAGAAAGAAAAAAAAAAGUGAAGCCACCGAAAAUUGUCAAUCAUCUUGCCCGGAAAAAAAACCCGUGAAAAUCAUGUCGGACGCGGUGGAAAAACGCAAACUGAGCGAGCUGCGCGUCGUCGACCUGAAGCAGGAGCUGGAAAAGCGGGGCAAGGACGGAAAUGGGGUGAAAAAUGUGCUCAUCGAGCGGCUCACGCAGGCUCUGAAGGAGGAAAACAAGGAUCCGGAAUCGUUCGAGUUCGAGAUCGGUUCGGUGGGCAAGACACCGGCCAAGAAGAAGGCCGCAGCUGCGGCCGGCAAACCGGAGGAGGAAUCCGGUUUGGCCACGUCGGUGAGCAACGGCUCGGUGACCAGCGAGCCUAGUUUGUCCGACAUGCAGGUUCGGGACGAGUGCACCGAUGAGUCGCAGAAGGAGGGUGCUGCUGCGACGACGACCUCCGGAACUGCCAACGGGCAAACGGAAACGUUGAUUCAGAACAUUUCGCUGGUCAUCAAGCAGGAAAAGCUGGACGACGACGAGAUUGCGCAGCAAAAGGCUGCGGAAGUAAAGGAGCCGGAGGCUCCAGCGGUGGAGGCUGCCACCGGAGCGGGUGAUGGCGGGGACAAAACGGCAGCCGCCGCCGCCGGUGAGAAGGAAGCCGAGAAUGAAGACUCGCUCAACCUGGAAAUUGGCGAGGAGGACGAAAAGCUGCUGCACGAUGCCACUGGUGAAAAGGCCUCGGAGAAGACGUCGGACGCCAAGUCCACGGAAGAGGGCAAAUCGGCCGAAAAGGGCGAUUCUACAAGUGAGAAACCGGCAACUCCAAAGGAAGAAAAAGACGCCGGAAAGUCAUCGUCGUCGUCGGCAUCGAAACAGUCUGGUGACGCCGCCAGCAAGUCCAAGUCGUCCCCGGGCGGUGAGAAGUCGACCGUGUCCCGGAACCUGUGGGUGUCCGGCCUGUCGACGCUGACCCGGGCGACCGACCUCAAGCUGAUCUUCUCCAAGUACGGUAAAGUGAUUGGAGCGAAGGUGGUCACGAACACGCGCACGCCGGGCACGCGCUGCUACGGCUACGUGACGAUGGCCUCCGCAAAGGACGCCACCGAGUGCAUCACGCACCUGCACCGGACCGAGCUGCACGGCCGGAUGAUUUCGGUAGAGCGCGCAAAGUCCGAUCUGGGCCCGGCGAAGGCGGCGGGUGGCAGCGGUACUGGCGGCAGCAGCAGCAACAGCACCAACACCAACUCCAAGCCAUCGGAAUCAUCCUCCUCCAAGACGGCGUCGUCGUCAUCAUCAUCAACGGUGCAGCCAUCGGACCGGAAGGACAGCAAGGACAGGAGCCACGACCGACGGGACAGCGACCGGCGGCACGAGCGUGGCAGAUCCCAGCACCGCAGCGACCGCUCCAAGUCCGUCGCCCGAGGACGUUCCCAGGCGCGGGAAUCUUCACCGAACCGCAGCAGAUCCAACCAUCGCGCCAAGUCCAUCGCUCCGAGGGACGACCGGUCGCGGUCAACCGACAAGAAGAAAGAUGACAGCAAGGCCAAGGACAAGGACGCCGACAGCAAGGACGCCAAGACCGCCAGCACCAGCUCCACCUCCAUCGGCAAGGACCAACCGCAGAAGAGCAAGGACCGUCGGGACCGCGAGCGGGAGGUGCUGUCGCUGCAGAAGAUUCGCGAGGAGCGCGACCGCCAGCGGCUGCGCGAGAAGGAACGCCAGCUGCGCGAGGAGGACCGCCGUCGCCGGGAGAUCCGCCAGCGGCAGCGCGAGGAAGAGCAAAUGCUACGUCGGGAGCGCGAAAAGCUCGCCAUCGAGCGGGCCCGCAUCGAGAAGGAAAAAGCGGAACUGCUGCGCAUCGAACGCGAACGCCAGAAGCUGGAACGCGAGAAGAUCGAACUCGAGCGGCUGGAGCUGAAGCGUCAGCAAAGGAAAAUUGAGGAGGCGAAACGGAACCUGAAGCGGCCCGGCGACCACUCGUCGCACUACGAUGACGACCGGAAGCGCAGCGCCGGCACGGAACGUCGCUUCGAGGCACCACCGCCCCCGUCCAUUUCUUCGUCCACCCGCGGCGCGUACUCCGCCGUAGACAAGCCGUACAGCUCCUCGAAGCGGGACGACUACGCCUCCAAGCGGGACGACUACAAGUCGUCGAGCCGUGACGAUUACAAGUCGCGCACCAGCGCCGUAGACGAUUACCGCUCGUCGGGCGUAGGAGGACGCGGGGACAGUUUCAAGCGCAACGGUGGCGUCAUGGACGAUUACAACAAGCGCACGCUGACCACGAUCGAGAGCCGCUACUCGGACAGCCGCUCGGCGGGCGGAGCUUCCGGUGGCUUGGGCAGUGGCGAUUACCGUGGGGGUGAUCGUGACCGAAACGGCGGUGGAGGACUGGCCAAGUCGCGCUACCUGGACAGCAGCUAUCCGGAGCGUAGCAGCGCCGGGGGAACGAUUGGCAGCGGGGGCGUGUGGCACAGCAGCACAGGUCCGUCGCUGAAUUUGGGCAGCUCGCUGAGCGGGGGAGGCGAUACCUGGCGCAUGGAUAACGGUCAGGAUCGGUACGAUCGCACCUACAACGAGCGAAAGGCCCCGCAGAUGAGUGCCGCGCCGUUUUUGGAUCCGGUCCGACCGAGCGGAUUUUUGGGUGGAAGUGGCGGGCGGCCGCAGGACCGAUACGGUGCCCCCGUGGGUUCCGGUCGGUUUGACAACGGACGGUAUUAGAAUCUUGGGGAGGUAGCAUAAGUGUGUGCUCUAGGUUUUUAGAUUUAGAGAUUAAGGUGGGGAUGGUGGCAGCAAGCAGAAGAAGAAGUAAAGGACUACGGUACGUGAAAUCUCGAACCGCGUACAAUUUGGACAGCUGCGGGCGACACCAUCGCCGAAUACAUUCGAUGCAUUCUCGUAUCCUGUAAUCAAUCUAUAACUUGAUGUGAGGGAUUUUAUUGUUUGCUACAUAGUCAUUACCCAGAUAGUGCUAAGACAUCAUUUGAAGAGAAUUCAAUAAAGAACAAUAGCAAAAAAAA